UCAUGGAAUUUGUGACUGCUCUGGUGUUUAUUUUCAUAGCUUGCGCUUGUGGUAUUGUUUGGGCUAUCUUUAAUUGGAUGGCAGUUCACAAACUGGAGAUUCAUCACAAACAUGAGGGAUUGACAGAGCUUUUAUAAGGAGCAGAAUAAGAGAAAAUAGAGACACUAUUGGAGAUAGGAGAACACAUAUAAGAUGUAAAUAUUGAUUAUAAUUAUAAUAGGGAGCUCAAGCCUUUUUAAAAGAGGAAUACACAGAUUGUAGUGUAUUUUUAGCGAUCAUGGCUGUUUUAUUAAUAGUAAAAAGAAUUAAUAUAUAAUCUAGUUUAUUUCUCCAUGGUCUUCACUUGCAUUUGUUUUAGGAGCAGCAACUUCAAUGCUUUGUGGAUAUUUGGGUAUGGCUAUAGCAACAGCAGCAAAUUUCAGAACAGCAUUUUCAGCAAUCACAUCAUUAUCAAAUGCAUUUUAGGUAAAUAAAUUAAUCCUAUGAUAAGAUGGCUUAUAGAGGUGGUUGUGUAAUGGGAUUUUUAUUAGUCUCAAUAUCAUUGUCAAUUUUAACAUUGAUCAUUAUAAUCUAUAAUGCAAUAAUAGUAAGGAGCGAUGAUAACAAUUUUGAAGAUUUGGUCACAAUGUUUGAUUACGUAGCAGCCUAUGGUUUAGGAGGAUCAACAUUUGCAUUAUUUGGUAGAGUUGGUGGAGGUAUUUACACAAAGGCAGCAGAUGUUGGAGCAGAUCUAGUAGGAAAAGUUGAGAAGAACUUACCAGAAGACAGUCCAAAGGUAUUAUUAAUAAUAUCUAUAUAAUAGAAUCCAGCAACAAUUGCAGAUAAUGUUGGUGAUAAUGUAGGAGAUAUUGCUGGUAUGGGAGCUGACUUAUUCGGUUCUUUUGCAGAAUCUACAUGUGCAGCAUUGGUUGUUUCAUCUACAUAAUUAAGAGUUGUACAAGGAGAUACUUAUGUGAUUGAAAUCGGUUAGCUGAUGUAUCCUUUGAUGGUUUCAGCCUUUGGAAUUGGAAUUUGUAUUUUGGUAUCAGCUUAUGCUGUUUAUAUUUCAAAAGUAAAUCACAUAAAUAAAAUCGAAUCCACUUUGAAAUUCUAAUUGUUAUUAUCAACAGUGGCUUUGUCUCCAAUUAUAAUAGGUAUUGCAUAUUGGUGUUUACCUGCCGAUUUUGUAAUGGUUGCUGCAGAUAACUCUAUUUAAUUGUCAGAACUUAAGCCAUGGCAUGCUUUCUUGUGCUCAUUAAUGGGAUUAUGGUCCGGAUUAUUAAUUGGGUAUUUCACAGAAUACAUGACAUCUCAUUCUUAUACACCAGUAAGAGAAGUUGCUAAGGCUUGUGGUACUGGUGCUGCUACCAAUAUCAUCUAUGGUUUGGCUUUAGGAUAUUUAUCAACUAUUGUACCUAUUGUAGCCAUAGCAAUAACUGCCUUAUUAUCAAUGAAGAUGCUUUCAUUUUAUGGAGUCGCUUUGGCUGCUCUAGGAAUGCUUUCAAAUCUCACUAUAGGAUUAGCUAUUGAUGCAUAUGGACCUAUCUCUGAUAAUGCAGGUGGUAUUGCAGAAAUGAGUGAAUUGGGAGAAAAUGUUAGAGAAUCAACUGAUGCCUUAGAUGCUGCAGGUAAUACAACUGCUGCAAUUGGAAAAGGUUUUGCUAUUGGAUCAGCUGCUUUAGUCUCAUUAUCACUUUAUGGUGGAUAUUUAACAAGAAUAUAAACUUACAAAGUUGGUGAUCAAUUCCCAUUUGCUGAAGGUGCUAAAAUAGAUGAUCCUAUUAUAUUUGCUAUGUUAUUGAUAGGUGCAAUGUUGCCAUAUGCAUUUUCUGCAUUUACAAUGAAAUCAGUUGGAAAAGCUGCUCUUCAAAUGGUUGAAGAAGUUCGUAGAUAAUUACAUGAACAUCCAGGUAUUUAUGCAGGAACAGAAGAGCCAGAUUUUAGAGCUUGUAUUGCCAUUUCAACAAAAGCUUCUUUAAAAGAAAUGAUUCCUCCUGGUUUAUUAGUAAUUAUAUUUAAUUAAUAAAUUAUAGGUCAUAGUUACUCCAACUGCUGUAGGAUUGUUUUUUGGACCUUAUGCUGUGGCUGGUCUAUUACCAGGUGCAUUAAUUAGUGGUGUUUAAAUGGCCAUUUCAGCCUCUAAUACAGGAGGAGCCUGGGAUAAUGCUAAGAAAUACAUUGAAGCCGGAUUUUAUAGAAAUGAAGCUGGAGAAGUGAAAAAGAAGGGAUCAGAUGAACAUAAGGCUGCUGUUAUUGGUAAUAAUUUUUUAUUUAUUUUGUUUAGGUGAUACUGUUGGUGAUCCUCUCAAAGAUACUUCAGGACCAUCUUUAAAUAUUUUGAUUAAAUUGAUGGCUAUAUUAUCAUUAGUCUUGGCUGGAGCAUUUUGUAGAACUGGAUGGUUGUAUAAACCUGAGUGAU